UCUUUUCCCAAUUUACACGACUCCGGUAUCCUCAGAAGGGACGUUCCGAAGACACGCUACUCAUAUAUUCUCUCUUCACCUUAAAGAUUAAAGAAGCAGAUAGAAAUAUCGAUCGAUCAAGAAUGGCUGAAAGUGCUUCUUCUGCCAAGAGAUGGCUUCCUCUCGAAGCAAACCCCGAUGUUAUGAACCAGUUUCUUUGGCGCCUUGGUGUUCCUCCUGGUGAGGCUGAAUGCAAUGAUGUAUAUGGAUUGGAUGAAGAACUGUUGGAAAUGGUCCCAAAGCCAGUUCUUGCUGUGUUGUUUCUUUACCCUAUUACACCAGAGAGCGAAAAAGAAAGAUUAGAGCAGAACAGUAUUAAACAGGAUCCUUAUGAUGGGGUUUACUUUAUGAGACAAACAGUAGGAAAUGCAUGUGGAACCAUUGGACUUCUUCAUGCUAUAGGCAAUAUCACCUCAGAGAUAAAACUUGACGAGGGCUCAUUCUUGGACAAGUUUUAUAAAUCUACUGCAAGCAUGGAUCCAAUGGAGCGUGCUCGAUACCUUGAGAAAGAUACAGAAAUGGAAGUUGCACAUUCAGAAGCAGUAGCUGCUGGUGAGACUGAGGCUUCUGACAAUGUGAAUGAUCAUUUUAUCUGUUUUGCAUGCGUUAAUGGAAAAUUGUAUGAGCUUGAUGGAAGGAGAAGUGCACCAGUUUCACAUGGACCUUCUUCACCAAAUACUGUAUUGCAGGAUGCUGCUAAAGUGAUAAAAAGAAUGAUUGCAAAAAAUCCUGACUCCAUGAACUUUAGUGUGAUUGCUAUCUCAAAGAAAGUCGGUGGCUACUGAAAACAUGAUUUAUGUUUUGUUUGUUUUUUUAGCUUAGAACUUGAGUGACCUUUGGUUUUAUACAAAUCAUAAACUUAGAAAGGAUCAUAUCAUAGAUGCAAGAUUUAAUUAUCUAUUUAGUGUUUAUACUUGAUAUUGAUAUGAUCCAAAGCAUGGCACCCCUUUUAUGUUUCA